AUGAAUAACACGGAUCCAACAUCAUUCGAGAGUAUUCUUGCAGGUGUGAAAAGACUAAGACAGCAACAUGGAGCUAAUGAUAACGAUGCUGCUAGGAACCCGCAUCAAGAAUCAAGAAACGAAGUAAAUGAUAGAGAACGCAAUUUGGAACAAGGUAGUGCACAAGAGCGCCAAAUAACAAACAAUAUUCAAACAUCUCAAACGGAUGUACCGAAAGAGCCAAUAAUAAAUGCCAUCACUCGUGAUCCAACUCAGUUUGAUAAAGAUAUUCAAGAGAGUGAUGAGACAUCAUCCUUUAAUGGCAACAAAAGAUCACUUAAUAAUACGAAUCUGGACGCAAGAGUUAUUAGUAAGGCUGUUCUCGUAAAUACGACCCAAAAGGACAACCCUUUACUUAAUCAUUUAAAGAACACGAACUGGAGAUAUACUUCAUCAAAGGGUGGCCAGAAGAUAUAUUAUGACUAUUUAGUAAGACAAAGACCUGUUUUAUUUUUGACACUCACAUACCAUAAGUUGUAUGCAGACUAUAUUACAAGACGAAUGACACCUUUAUCUAAGAAUGACAACAAUAUACUUAUAUUUGUCGUUGAUGAUUCCAAUUCCGAAGACACUCUGAGGGAAUUGACUAAGCUAUGCAUGUUUAAUGGAUUCACUCUCCUAGUAGCAUUUAGUUUCGAACAAUCAGCAAAAUACAUUCAAUAUUUAAAUAAGUAG